AUGCGCCAUGUCCGGAAUGAUGGUGUUUGCCCUCUUUGUAGACGUGAGGAUGAAAGUAUAAUUCAUGCUAUCUUUGAUUGCCCCAAUGUUAAAGGAAUUUGGGACUGCUCGCCUUUCGCUAAUUUGUUGCUUGAUGCGCCUGUCUCUUCCUAUUUGCUGCGCUUUGUGUGGGUUAAAUCGAAGAAACCUCUAUACAUCUUUGAGGAACCGUGGAAAAAUCGGGAUAUUGGGGCUAUGGGUUUUGUUCGUUUGGUUCGUGACUACAAGAAAUACUCUUGUUUGGUGGGCAAUACGGUGCGUGCUGGGGGUUCGCCCUCCCGUUCUGUUUGGGCUCUUCCGGCUGAGGGACGUAUCCGUAUCAAUUCCGAUGCUGCUAUGCUCCCUGGUGAGGUUGCAGGGCUGGGAUCUGUGCUGCGUGAUGAGACGGGUAAGAUUGUAGCUGUGGGUGUGUGUAGAAUGGCUGGUGUUGUGGAUGUGCAACUGGCUGAAUCUUUUGCUGUCAGGAUGGGAUUGUUUAUUGCCCGUAAGCUUGAGCUGAAGUUGAUCGAGGUCGAGUGUGAUGCUCUAUCUGUUGUGAAUGCGAUCAACUCGAAUAAUGUGGGUUUUGGCCCUUUGGAUCUGCUGUAUGAUGAUAUUCGUUAUCUUAGUAAAUUGUUUGAUUUCUUUUCUUGUAAUCAUGUGAAAAGGGGGGGAAAUUGUGUGGCUCAUUUGGCUGCUAGGCUAGAGGUUGAUGUUGGUGUUGAACUGCUGUAUGUUGACUCUUUUCCGCAAGGUAUUUCUACCUUGGCGGAGCUUGAUCUUCUUUAA